AUGACACUCAACUUCAACACCAAUGGCAGAGGUGAUGCCUUGCUGGAUUUGACGUUUGACCAGCACCAUCGAGGACAAAACGCUUAUGCCUACUCCACCACCACAUCGGCCACCCAACCCAGCCCGUCAGCUGCUACUGGAUUCAUGACCAGCGCUCGAUCGUGGUCCAUGUCCGUCGAUAUGGGAUCCUCAAACAACUCAGAGGCGGUGGCCUCGACGAGCUCGUCCGAAGACCUGCAAAGCAGUCCUCCGUUGUCCCACGCAUCAAGUCCGCACUCGCCGUUGCAGCAUUCACCAUUCUCACCUGGGGCCGGCCUCUUGACCAACUGGGCUCUCCAACAGCAGCAGCAGCAACUUGCUGCUCCAGAGUUUGCUCAUUUUAUCCAAGAUCCAAGUCUGUUUGGUUUCAAUGCCUUUCCCAACUUCCAGCCCGGCCCGCUGGACUAUCUUCCUCCAACGACGCAGACUCCUCUCCAUGCCAGCCUGCUCGAGUCACCGUUCGCUUCCAUGCCCGCUUUGGAGGAAACUGCCCACGCAAUGCACUGGGGAACUAGCGGAAUGGACAACUGGCACGACUUUCAUAGUCCGCUGCAGAUGGAUGGACUUCCUAGGCUGGACAGCGUUGGCAGCAACUCACCCACCGGGACCUACCUGGAAGUCUUGUCGCUUCCCUCUUCGUCCUCCGAGGGCUGGACUGUGGUUGAUUGGGGCCACCAAGGCCUAGAUCAACUUCAGCAAGCUCAAAACGCCGCCAUCUUCAACCCGAGCCAGACCCUGCACCUGCGGACCAAUUCCGACUCGUCGGACGGGGCCAACUCAAUGACCAUUGGCAGUUUUGAGGAGAUCCCCCCCUUUGCCUACUCCCCCUUUUCGCCAGAGUCCGAAGGGCACGCGGAUAGCAACCACGCUGCCCAUCGCAAUUGCUUCGGUGUCGCUGGCGACGCUCAUAGCCACCACCAUGAGCACGCUGGCUGUAGCACUGCCAUCGCUCCCCUGCCCGUCAAACCAGAGGCGCCAUCGGCAGUCCGUCACAGUCCUGGGAGCGGCGCCGGUUCCGUCUCCCCGAGCACGAGUACGUCCUCUCGACGGAACUCGGGCCCUCGCAAGAGUCCCAUUGCCAAAGCCACCACCAAAACCAUUAUUCGUCGAAGCUCCAACGGUAAGAAGGAAGGCACCGUGGAGAAGAAAGUGGGUCGCAGAAAGGGUCCCCUUCUCCCUGAACAACGGAAGCAAGCAAGCGAAAUCCGGAAGCUAAGAGCCUGCUUGCGCUGCAAAUUCCUCAAGAAGACUUGCGACAAGGGCGAGCCUUGCGCUGGAUGUCAGCCAUCACACGCUCGUCUUUGGCAGGUCCCUUGCACUCGAAUCGACAUCAAGGACAUCGGCUACUUCAUGAAGGAUUGGAAGGCCGACUAUGAGGGGCAUGUCGACCUCGGCGUGUCUAUUUACAACGUCAAGGGUUUCUCCUCCAAGGAAACAUUGAUGUGGAUCACCCACGGUUACGGGUUCGCUCUUCCCGUCAUGGUCCGUGAAGUUUACGUUGCUGAUGAAGGCUGCUUCUCGGUCGAAUGGGUCGAGUCCACCGUCCCCAACCACGACCCGAUUGACUUUGAGACCAAGACGGAAAAGCUCGACGUCGGCGCAGAAGGUAUCCAGCUGGACGCCCUGCAAGAGUAUCUCGACAAGCAUGUGGAUGGGCCGUUUGAAGACUUUAUCGACGAUCAUUUCGAAGGGACGCCAUUCAUCACCGAGAUUCUCAAGACUGCUCACCGCUACUACGUCAAGGACGGGAUGCCGGUCAUCAAGAAGGCUCUGAAGCUUGUCUUGGCCUACAACCUGACCAUGCACAUCACCAUGGUUGAAAACCAAGGUUCGGAGGUGGCUCUGGACGGCCAAAUCGAUGACGAGGACUCCAAAUUCUACGGCCGCACGGUGGCACCGGUCAUGAUCAACUUCCAGAUCAAGUGCGCCCUCGCGGACAUGUGGCGCGAGCUCCAAAAGGACAUUUUGGAGGAGCUGUCCGCCUUGUACUCGGGAGUCUACAGCGGCGAGAAGAUGAAGAAUUGGCCGACCAUCUUUAUGCUGGCUUCGAUUCUUCUCGCCGUGUGGGAGGAGAUGCAAUUCGACUGCCACUACCGCGUUCCCGAUCCCGAUGCGGUCAACAAGUUUUGCAACGACAUGGAAACGACCCCUGUCGGGGUUAUCGUCGGUCUGUUCCAUGCCAUCUCUCAAAAACUGCCAGCCUUUGCCGACUGGGACACCCGGCAGCACGGACACCUUCUUCACAACAAUGUCUCUGUUUGUGAAGCGAUGACUGAAGUCCGCCAACAUGUCAUCAAGCACGAAGCUUACUUGCGAACCCGCAAGGAAGCAGAGUUUGACCGCUACAACUUUGACUGUCUGUCCAAUAAGUUUCUGUCCAAGCUUGUCAUUCGCGCCAACUAA